AUGAUCUAUGUUAUGGGGAUGUGUGCUCUUACACAAACGGUUCUUCUUUUGAUCUUGGGAAAAUAUGCAAUUGGUGUUGAGGCUGCUACAGCUUUAAGUGUAACGCCUUCUACUGAAUGGUAUGGAGACGAUGGAUCUUGGUCCGCUGUGUCGAUCAGGUUGGGAUCUCCCAAACAAUGGGUCAAUCUCUUUCCGAAUACACUCAGCGCUGAAACCUGGGCGAUAGGGCCAUAUGGCUGUCAAGAUAGUGAUUCGACAUGCUUGGACAAUCGAGGCUCAAUCUUUAACGCAAGCCAAUCUUCUACAUGGGAACCUUUGUUGACACUAGAGUCUUCCCUAUAUUGGCGUCUUGGUACAGGAAAUUCGCUGCAAUGGCCACCUUAUGGAGAGUAUGGACUCGAUAAUCUCGCAUUUGGGCCAGACGGACCAAUCAUUCCCAACGUGACAAUCGCGAUGAUCAACGCUACGGAGUACUGGGUAGGAAGCUUUGGUUUGGGUGCAAGUGCUGGAAACUUCAGCUACGUUACACCAAAUGUCACAUUUGCACAACUAGAAACCCUGGGUGAUAUAGUAAGUGCAGGAUAUGGAUACACUGCUGGUGCUAUAUAUCAGCAAAAGGGUGAGCCAAUGUCUUUGACACUAGGCGGAUAUGAUGAAAAUCGAUUCAUACCUCACAAUAUUUCGUUCACUCUUACCCAAGAUCCGCCUGUACCUCAAGUCUUCGUUGACAGUAUUUUCGUAAUAUCCUCGAAUGGAUCCAAUAUGCCUGUACAACUUGCGUCAUACGAGGAGAAUAUCAAUGCAUUGAUUGAUAGUUCAACUCCUUACCUAUGGCUUCCAGAGACAGUUUGCAAUCGUUUCGCGGAUGCUUUGGGGCUUAGUUAUGACGAGUCCUUGAACCUGUAUACCUUUGACGAAAACCCCGCUCAGCAUAAUAACCUAUCAGACUCAUCUACAACGACAACUUUUACAUUUGUAUUCAAAGACAAAUCCUCAGACUCGGAUUUUAUCGAAAUUGAUUUACCAUACGCAGCUUUUGAUUUAUCAUUAUCCUACCCAUACAUUCCUAAUACCGAAUAUGGAACAGAUGAAGCGUCAAAGUUCUACUUUCCAUUAGCUAGAUCAGCAAAUAGUAGUCAAUACACUAUUGGUCGAGCAUUUUUACAGGAAGCAUACAUUAUCACCUCGUACGAGACCAAUCAAUUCUCCCUUCACCAAGCGGUUCAUAUAUCCGAUACGCUAAAUAACAAGAGCAUUGUUGCCAUCCCAAGUGGGGAUAUUGCUACUGCACAAGGAACUGGUAAAGUGUCAUCCGGUCAGAGUACUCGCUUAACCAAGGGGCAAAUUGCUGGCAUAGUUAUUGGUGUAGUUGGUACAAUAGCCACUUUAUCGGCUACCUUAUACUUUUCCUAUAUAACAUACUAUAAGCCAAAGAAAUUUGCACUUGCUCUUAAGAAUUCUACUUCUGAGUCCGAAGCUGGUGUCAAUCUUCAACCACUCGAUAGUCCUCCACCAACGGGUACCUGUCCUUCAGAAGCGCCUGGUGAUGUCAGUCAUCCUGUUGAGAUAAACUCGGACAUUACACAGCCAACUGAAGUAAGCGCCGACGUCUCGCACCAACUUUUAGAGCUUGCAGCUGUGAUUCCAAAAGAACUCUCUGCAGAAACUCCAGUUGAGCUACCAACAGAAUUUCCAGCAGAUUCUUUCAAAGAGAGUAUUACAGUCGAUCAUAUUCACACUGCUAGUCCUACCGUUAGCCAUGUUUCUGUUUCACAUUCGGGCUCACUACCAUCAAUAAAUGCUCUCGCCAUCAGUUCUGCAGAGCCAUCUUUCGAUAAAGGAUCCAUUCUCGUGACGCCUUCUCGCUCUUCGAUUGUAGCAGAUCAAGUAUCGCCUAAAUCCUCUGAAACACGAAUACGGCCUGAUAGCUUUUCUCCUAUAGUCGAAAUCCAACACCGCAUAAGUCCUCCUCCUACAUACGCUCUUGCAAGACCUAACAACUACGCUUUUACUGAAGAUUUUCUUUCUGGCGACCAACCACUGAGUCAAUUUGCUCCUUCUACUAGUGGUGAAGCCCCAGGACCGAGCAACUGUGUUUUUGCCGGAGCGAUGCCUCCAGGUAUUCAACCUCCAAAUCCAUUUGCUUCAACUAUGGGCCGAGUCGCACAAGUAAAUGAAUGGCAUCGCCGCGAUGUAGAGAGACAAGGCCUUGAGGAACAAUUACAUCGUCAAGCAUUAGCUCGCGAAGAAGAAAUUCGCGAAAAUAAAUUCCAGGCACGUCAACUGGCCCAUAGACAGGAAAUUGAGAGAAUGGAACGACUAGGAACCGAUGUUUUUAAAUAUCGCAACGAGGAUGUAAGGAGUAUUAUAAAACCUUUCAGAGCUUCUGUUCAACCUGGUGAAAAUGGAACUCGUCAUAUAUCCCCCGCAAUUCAAGACGGAGAUGCUAUGACCAGUGUAUCAGCUCACGAAGGUACUCCGGAAGUUGCGCGAGUAACUGCUUUACGUCGAUUCUCUUUUGAGAAUGGAGAUGAUCACGAUGCUGUUUGA